AUGUCCAAUAAAUUUCACUGCGAUAUCUGCUCUGCCGAUUGUACUAAUAGGGUCAGAAUAUCGUGUGCAGAAUGUCCAGAAUAUGAUCUGUGUGUACCAUGUUUCUCGCAGGGCUCGUACAGUGGCAACCAUAGACCAGACCAUGACUACCGAAUUAUAGAAACAAAUUCUUACCCCAUCUUGUCGGCAGACUGGGGUGCAGAUGAAGAAGUGGCGCUUAUAAAGGGAUCACAGACUUUGGGCCUAGGUAACUGGCAAGAUGUUGCCGAUCACAUAGGCAGCAGAUCAAAGGAGGAAGUGGAAGAGCAUUACAUUAGUUACUAUUUGAACAGCCCGCAUUAUCCCAUACCAGACAUUACCAAAACGAUCGACAUUUCUCAAGAACAGUUUCUUUCCAACCGCAGACAGAGGAUUGAAAAGUUCCGUGAACAGCCAUUGGAGCCUCCACGCAAACCGAUGGCUUCGGUCCCUAGCUGUCACGAAGUACAGGGGUUUAUGCCCGGAAGAUUAGAGUUCGAAAGCGAAUUUGAAAAUGAGGCCGAGGGACCAGUGAAAGACAUGGUAUUCGAACCAGACGAUCAGCCUCUCGAUAUCGAAGUCAAGCUGGUGAUCCUGGACAUUUAUAAUUCUAGGCUCACAACUCGGGCUGAAAAGAAGCGCUUAUUGUUCGAAAAUGGGUUAAUGGAAUAUCGGAAACUUCAGGGUAUUGAUAAGAAAAGAAGCAAAGAAGCCAAAGAGCUGUACAACAAUUUAAAAGCAUACGCAAGCAUAAUGACACCUUCAGAUUUCGAAGAGUUUACCAGAGACAUGUUGGAAGAACUCCGAUGCCGGUCAAGGAUACAUCAAUUACAAGAAUGGCGCAGUAAUGGUAUCACUACACUCGAGGCAGGUCUCAAGUAUGAACGUGACAAGCAAGCCCGUAUAAUGACUUUGGAAAGAUUUGGUGGCAUUCACAACACAAAUGGCAACGGCAAUGGCCGCUAUAGAGCUGCUUCCACCCAGCGUCCCAACACCGAUUACGGUCAAAACAACAAUGAACAAGGUCAGCGAAAGAAGACUUUAACUAUAAGUGACAUACAGCACGGCGCUGAUUAUGGCUUAUUGUCUGCAGAUGAACAACAACUAUGCAUGCAACUGAAGAUCCUUCCCAAGCCAUUUUUAGCAAUCAAAGAAGUGAUGUUUAGGGAACUUCUCAGAGCUGGAGGAAAUUUGACUAAAAAGACUUGCAGAGACUUGCUCAAUAUUGACCCCGCCAAAGCAAACAGGAUUCACGACUUCUUCCGUUCUCAACGUUGGCUAUGA